CAGCAGGAAGUAAAACGAGGCUCAACCCUGCCUUAGUCCCCUUGCCUUGUGGCUUCAGUGACAGCUAAAAAACACCUGAGAGAGCUAGACAAGCAAACAACUAAAUGUUCUCUUGUGAUUGGAUACUCAGCCACUUAGGUUGCAGUCCAGUAAGGAAGGGGUCAUGAAAAUGACAAUGUAAGGACUGCCCUUUGGCACUGCAUCGAGGACCUGGCGCUGUGAUGAGCUAAAGAUGGGAUGACUGUGGUGGAUGAAGGCUCUCAGCCCCAAGAAGGCUCAACUCAGACUGGGAGGAAGGAAACAGAAGGCAGGUACACCCAUCAGCUAGAUGAGGAGCGUGAGAUGGAACCCAGACAGGAGGCUGUUGACUAAGCUGGUUUGAACAAGAAUGACAGGGAAUUGUGGCUGUUAUUUAUUUAUUUAUUUUCUGUUUUAUUUUAUUUUUUUUUAUGUCUAAGAGCCAACAUGAGAAUUCUGCCUGGGAGGGAAAAGCAGCUUAAAUGAAACUUCGGGAUGUCUUGUGAGAUGUUGGAUUAUAGAAUAAAUAUGUCUAAUAAAAUUCCCCUGCCAGCUCGGCUUUGAGGAUUUGGAAAUAACUUCAGACUCUUUUGGGAAGGCAUUGCUUUGCUGCAACUGUUUAAAUACCUCCUGGGGCACUGCAGUCACACUCAGGAUACAGAUACCAUCCUUUGCUAAAUCCCUGUGACCAGGCUUCUGCUCAGGCCCCUGGGGAUUCACAGGGGUCAAUGUAGAUCUCGUUUCCUUUAUUCCCUCUUGCCAUCUCCUCCUCUCUUUGAAGAGACCUCUCCUGAUCCCUGGAACAGUCAGCGUAGGCCAAGAAGAGUGGCACAACUUAGCAUCACUGAAGAACAUGAGGCAGGAAGAUUGUGUUUUUGAGCCUGUCUGGGUAUAGCAAGAUUCCGUCUUAAAAUAAACAACAACAGCAAGAACAUUGUAGCCAGCCAGGCAUAGACUCAUGGGGCAGGGUCUGGACAUAGUCCCACUGUAUGCAGAUCUUGGGAGUUUCAAGGAUCAGAACAUCCAACUCAGUUGGGACUGAACAAAACGAGAAUCAUGAGGCUUAUGCAAUAGGAAAGUUCUGGUUGGAUUUACUAUAAGGCAGUUGAAGUGCUGGAAUGCUAUGCAGAGGAACCUGUCACAUUCACCGUCGACUAGGUUUUCCUGUGUGUUGGCCCCACUCGCUGAGAACUCUUCCUCUUAGGGGUACCACGUGUCUAUGCCAUCCUGAAGUAGAAACUUAAGGGUUCUUUGGAAAGUUAGUUGUGUUGGAUGGUGUUUUGCUGGGGCAAACCAUGGGAAGGAGUGUUUUCUUGAAGCAGACACAGGAGAAAGGAUGUUUCACUAAAGCCAGCACAUGAAAGGACGUGCGAUGAAGGAUUCUUUGAUAACAACUCGCAUGAGUUGGUCCGCCUUACACUGAGUAGUUGAGCUCCAUUUGUUGGGACUCUUUUGAGAGAAAUGCACCGAAAAACUUCUGGUGGUGUGCGAUGGCUUCUUGCUGCUCCCAUGGACUGGGUCCAAUUGACAGAGCUGAUACAGAGUCACAUGGAGUUAUGCUUAGACAGCCGCAUGUGCUGAGGCGAGACACGGUGUGAAACAAGACCCCAGUGAGAGAGCUAAUAUUUUCCCACCAGCCUCAGACAGCCCCUCCCAUCCGAGGGAGUGCACCAAUCUUGUGUGGCACAGUUCCCGGAAGUUCCAGGGAGCCCUGUCCUCACAGCAGGACUAUCUCAACUUUAUCUAAAGGAAUGCAUUUCAAGGACCCUGGCCCUGCCCUGGUUUGUAGUGACCUAAGGGUCGACUGAGCUCACCAAUGCCCCUGUGUGCCCAAUCUCCAUCACUGUAACCCAUCCUUUACAGAGUGCAUAAAACUGUACUUUACAGAUUGUUUGGGGUCACCUCUCCUUGUGAGGUAGGUGGGCCCCAGCUUGCUGGAAUAAUAAUAAUCCUCAUGCUAUUGCAGUGGUCUCUGGUCUCACAUCUCAUUCACGGGAGUCUCCUGGUAAUUAAGACUCAGGUCGAGUCUUACACAGGGAGGACACAUGACAUUUGGAGGGAGUAUACAUAGAACUCAAUGGACUGUGAGAGAGGCUUGGCUUUACAAUGCUUCUUGGUCUCACAUCUUUGCUGAUCUUUGCUUUGUUGAGAGAACUCCCGGUGUCCCUGUUGGUCCUGAUUCCUCCUACUGACCGAUGCCAAUUCAGCCGAGGCCUGGCUGUCUCUGCUAGGCCGUGCCACUGCUUCGCUGCUGAUCUGUGUUUGUUAUCCCGACUCCACUGAACUGGACUGCUGGUGUAUCCGUGAAGUAUUUAUGAGUGGAUCGAGUUGCUGCUGCUGGCCUGUGAACUGAACAGCUGAUUUCCUUACAAUGCAGAUGGGAUUUGCUCCAAAGAACAAUUUUUAAACAGGUCCCCUUCCCCCAAAUCCUUUCUUUUCCACUACUCCUGAUGAGUGGCGAGCUUAAAGAUUGAGAGCCACUGCUCUAGAACGAGCCAAGAACAAUAAACAGGUUAAUUUAAGUUAUGAGCUAGUGGGAAUGGCCAAAGCUUUAGGCCUAGGCAUUUAUUUUAUAAUAAUUCAGUCACAGAGUUGCUAUUUCAGGAAGUUGGGCGCAGGUAGAAAAGCCCGAGGUUACAACGUUUCUGCUAUGUGGGUUACACUCUUCUGCACUGAGCCCAUUUCCAUUGGGAGGAAGGCGUUUUCCGCUGUUUUCCCAUGCACCAGCGUUAUUGAACAACGGUCAUAAAACUCUGCUUUGCAACAGUAUCUUCAGACUGUCUGGGUCUCCAGGCAGCAGGGAGUCUAACUCCAUCAUGAAUGAAGAGUAAGGGCUACCAUGGAAAUGGAGGAAAAGAAGUCACAAGAAACACGUGACUGUACUGUCUUGGUUAUGUUUUUGUUUGUUUUGUUUUGUUUUUUUCCAACUUGUGUCAAGUUGGGAAGAAAAAAAUGCUGUGGACUUGGGAACUGGGAGCCUCAAUGGAGAAAAUGAUUUCAUCAGAUUGGCCUGUAGGCAAGUCUGUGGGGGCAUUUUCUUAAUUAAUGAUUGAUGUGAAGACCCAACCUGCUGUGGCAGUACCACCCUUAGGCAGCUGGUCCUAGGCUGUAUAAGUGAGAGCAGGCCGAGCAAGUGAUGGGGAGAAAGUCAGUGAGCCCUCUUCCUCCAUGGCUUCUGCUUCAGCUCCUGCCCUGAGUCCCUGCCCUGACUUCUUUUCAUGAUGGGCUGUGAUCAGGACUCGUAAGUCAAAUAAACCUUUCCUCCCCAAGUUGCUUUUAGUUAUGGUGUUCAUCACAGUAACAGAAAGCAAAAUAAACCAGUGACUGCAGGACGCGUGGCUGUGCCUGGUCUGAGACAGUUGUCAUAUGUGGAAAAAUUCCCAACAGACACCAAUAUAUAAAGCUGUCACACCAAUUUGUGCACAUACCGAUAAUUCAAAACAAUUUAGACAGCAUUUUAAUAGUGAGAGAGGUUAUGUGAAAAUUCAUUUCUAGGGUCUCUCUCUCUCUCUCGUGUGUGUGUGUGUGUGUGUGUGUGUGUGUGUGUGUGUGUGUGUGUGUGUGUUCAUAUAUGGAGGCCAGAGAUUGAUGUCAUCUUCCUCGGACUCUCUACCUAAUGUUUUGAGACCAAGUCUUCCCUCGAAUCAGAAGCAUACCACUCCUGCUAGGCCAUCUGGCCAGCAUUCUCCAAUGGUCGGCUCGCUUUGGUUACAUAUCUGAGCUUCCACACCUGGCUUUUUAUGUGGGUGCUGGGAAUUUGAACUCAGGUCCUUAUUAUUAAAGGUUGAACAUUACUCCCACAGCCAUUUUUUUUUAAAUCUGGGACUUGAAAAUCCAUCUCCUUGAAAUUCAAGACUUGGUGGUCUUCCUCACCAGAGACCGAAAGCUAGUUGCCUCAGUUGGUUUCUGGAGUCUGGCUCUUGGCUCCUCCUGUGUUUGUGACCUGAUGUUUCAGGGAACAAAGCAAGUGGGAUUUCCAGAGGAUAGAAGUGGGUGGAUCAUCCCUCGGUCUCCUGGUCUAGGAGAGAUCCCGGGUGCUAAAUUGCAGGAUGGAUAACCUGGGACUCCAGGAGCCCAUAUGACCUUUACAUUCUGGGGGGCAGGGUAGAGCUAUAUUUGUGGCACCGUGAGCCAGGUUAAAGGAGCCUCACAGGGCUGUUAGGAAUGAUACCUUCCUGAAAGGAGCAGUCUUUAUUAUCAGAGCUUAGAGUUAUUCCAGAGUCUCAUGUGGAGUGUGUGUGUGUGUGUGUGUGUGUGUAUGUGUGUGUGAGAGAGAGUGUGUGUAUGAGUGUGUAUGUGUCUGUAUGUGUGUGAGUGUGUGUAUGUGUGAAUGUGUGUAUGUGUGAGUAUGUGUGUGAGUGUAUGUGUGUGUGAGUGUGUGUGUAUGUAUGGUAUGUGUGUGAGUGUGUGUGUAUGUGUGUGUGUGUAUGUGUGUGUAUGUAUGUGUGUGUAUGUGUGUGUCUGUAUAUGUGUGUGUGAGUGUGUGUAUGAGUGCGUGUGUGUAUGUGUUUGUGUGAGUGUGUGUAUGUCUGUAUGUGUGAGUGUGUGUGUGUGAGUGAGUGUGUGUGUGUGUGUGUGUGUGUGUGUGUGUGUGUGUGUGUGUGGUAGUACAUGUAUAGGUCAGGAGACAACUGUAGGAGUCAGUUAUCUCCCAGGGGUUGAACUUGGGUCGUUGGGCUUACUGGUAAGUGUCUCUCCUCAGAGCCGCCUCAGCAGCCUAUCACGCAGCUCUGUGUGAGCAUGUUGCUGUUUAAUUGCUAGCAGCUCUCUUUCCUCCAGAACCGCUAGUCCAGUUUAACACAGAAAGUACAAACAAGAGCUAUCCAUCCUGAUCACGUGAUCUCAGAGAUCUGUCUUCUGGUCCUUGCCCAUUUGGUGGUUAUCUGGCCAUCUGAAUAUUUAGAAUUCAAGUCCCCUUGUUGAUUUCCUUUCUUUCCAGAGUCAUGGCUUUGGCUGCUUCUGUGGAGGCAUUCACACCUCAUUUCUCUCUGCAGCUCAAUGCUGCAGAAUUAUUAUUAUUUUAAAAUUCAAAUAAAUUUAAAUCAUCUCAGAAUAUAUUAGACCUGUUCUCCCUUGGGUUGGAUAUUUGUAGGGUUGGGAGUACAGCGGGCACUUUCGAGCCAUCUUUUAUUUUUCUUUUAAUUGAGCAGAGGUGCGGUGAGAGAGGGUUAGUGCCUGGUCUGGGGACCUCCCUGAGCAUUCACAGCUGAGCUCCUGGUGAGCUAUCAAAGCAGGAGGUCAGGGCAGGGCAAAGGUGUUUCAGUUUGGGGCUAGAAACUGGACUUGUGUAUAACCACAUCUGGGUGUUCCGAAUCCACAGUGAUGGUCAAGCACUUUCUUAAUUGCUAGUUCAUCUGCACUGUCUCUCUUCUCACAGAGACCUCAUGCCAUCAAGAAUCAGCUUUGAAUUUUGUGAGUGAUUUAUAAUUCAUAGAGUAAAAGAUCUGCUCUUCAGACACCCUGUUGGAGUAAGCACAUAGAAAGUCUCUAGUCUCUAUGUCCUAAGGGACAGGGGAGACCAGGGGGCCACAGUAACACCAGGACUUACAAUGUCCAGUAUAGUGUCUUCAUGUGAAUUUGCACAACAGAGGUAGACACAUCCAUAACCAUGCAACAUGGGAUUCUGUCUCAGUACAUUCAGCAUUGAGCUAGGGCGAGAGGCUUGGGAGAGGGAGUAUGCAGUGCAUUGUAGCUCCCACUGGAUGCCAUGUUGAUGGUCCUCAGCCCAGAAGUGGAUGCCAUUCGGUAUCUUGUGGCAAUUGUACCAUUCUGUCCAGGUUCUGGCCCUUCCCCUCAGGAGAGAAAGAACGACAAACCCUACUUGUCUUCCUUCGUUAUGCUCUUAUCAUAUACCAACUGAUCUGCUGUGGCUCCGUUUACAAGACGUGAAUAGGGUUAGAAAGAUAGUUCAGCGGGUAAGAGUACUUACUCACUGUGCAACCAUGAGAACUGAGCUCAAAUCCCAGAAUCCAUGCAAAAAAGGCCAGGCAUGGCUGAGAAUGACUAUAGCCCCAGCAGUUAGUGGUGGAGACAAAUCUUGGACACUUGCUGGUUAGCUAGCCUAGGUAAACCCAGAGACUUCCAGUUCAGGGAAAAAACCUGUCUCAAGGGAAUUAAGAUGAAGAGUGAUAGAAAAAAAAUAUCCAAAGUCCUCUGGUUUCAACAUGGUGUGUGUAUCUGUACACUCAAACGCAUGCAUUCACACACACACACACACACACACACACACACACACACACACACACACACACACACACGAAGAACAUUGAUUGGAAAGACCUAUUUUCUGAGGUAAUAGGGCUGAAAGGUAACGAGACCGGAGGAUGGAUUAGAGUUCAGCCUGCCCACUCCAAAAUUCAUGGGAGUUGAAAGUGGAAUUGGAAAAGUUAUUGGCAUGGGAUGAGCGGGCACUUGUACAUGUGGUCCGAGGUGUGUGGAUGUGUGGGUGUGUCAGGUUUGCAUAUGAAGGUUUAUAAAUUCCCAUUCCUGUAGAUUAGGAACCCGUGGCUGCUGCAGUGUUGCCUCUGCUUCCUCCUCAGCCCUGUGAUAAUGUAUUGGUCCAAAUCUAGGUAACCACGCUGCCUGCAUCAGUGAUAAGGCUGUGUGCUAAAGGCCACAAGCAAAGGGACUUCUUGCUUAGUUGGGAGAGACUGAGACAGCAAUUACUCAGACCUAGUACUGCUGGCUAUUUUUAGGCUUUUCAGGACAGGUGCCUGAGACAAAGGGGGAAGCCUGGGCUUCCCCAGGGGUUUGGAAGCCCCAACACAAGGCUGGUGUGGUCUUCUUUUGUACCCUGAGCAAACCACUCAGCAUAGAGACACCUCACUUGGGUUUGCUAUGGACACUAUAUGUCCCCUGUUCUGGAAUGCCAUUGCCCUAUGCAAAACUCUGACCCUACACAUGAAUCUCAAACUUCUGUGUCCUUAGAGAGAUUGUAUUUCACAGAAGAGGGCAGCUAGUGUUUUCUUCCCUUUCCUCUUUUCUGAAUUAUGGAGUCAGGCAUCUUGAUUGUUGCCAACAGAGAUAACCAGGAAGCAGCGGCACCCGAAACAGCUGAUAUCCAUAAGAAAAGGUGCUCAGCCUCCCGCUGAAAGAAAUGCAAAUCAAAGCACAGCAUCACCUCUUCCUUUCAGAAGGAAGGGCAAAUGAGAAGGCUGAGAUACUUCAUUUACACUGGAGAGGUUGGCAGGUGGGGGCGCAGGUCUUCAUCUGCGAUGCUGGGAACAGGAGUUGAUGGGCCCUUUCAGCAAGUCCGUUUUGCAUACAUAUUAACAUCUCACUGUGUACAUUAUCCACUCUAGCAAUUCUAUUUCUAAGAAUGUGUUCUGGAGAAAUCCUUGCGUUGGCCUAUGAAGAUGCAUGCAAAAGACCAUUCAGUAUACAUUCUUUGUUGUAGUGAAAUUGUGGACCUAAUCUAGGAGAAUACCAGCCAGGUACCAAUUGGACAAUCUUCUAGGGUAGUGUUUUUCAACCUGUGGGUUGUGACCCCUUUGGUGGGUGAAAGAUCCUUUUACAUGGGUCAUCUAAGACCAUCUGCAUGUCAGUUAUUUGCAUUAUAAUUCAUAACAGCAAAAUUACAUUUAGGAGGUAGCAACAAAAGUAAUUUUAUGGCUGGGGCCAUCACAACAUGAGGAACUGUACUAAGGGGUUGCAGCAUUAGGAAGGUUGAGGACCAUUGUGCUAGGGUGGAGCCUACCAAAAAGGGUGACAGUCAAGUGGAGGUUUAGCUCUCUUUCCUCUUUCUGAGACUCCUGUAGAAAGAUGUUCUCAUAUUGUAGCGUGCUUCUCAAAUCACCUGGAGAUGUCCUGGCAAAUACAGUGCUUGCUCUAAAGGGAAGAAGAGAGUUUAUUUUGAGCCACAUAUGAGAGUCACCAUGGCCCAGGAAAUGGAUUCAAUUUGCCCUCAUGACCUGUUCUGAUGUGGGAGAUUACAUGAAGUUUCCUUGGACGCAAAAGAAAAUAGUUAUACAUCCAUGCAUUUACCAGAAACCCUCCGUGGGAACAUCAGGCAGGCAAGUCACAGGCAGGCAGGGAGAUUUCUGUGCGGGUCUCAGAUGCUAUCUGAAGAGAGUCUUGCUUUGGGGUUGGUGGAAGUUAGGUGUUUGUUAAAUACAUUGAAAAGGUUUUUACCUGAUAGCCCAAAAGAAAGCUUAACAUCAAAAAAAACAAAAACAAAAACAAAAACAAAAACAAAACAAACAAACAAAAAAACCAAUGGGGUUGGGGAUUUAGCUGGGGUUGGGGAUUUAGCUCAGUGUUAGAGCGCUUGCCUAGGAAGCGCAAGGCUCUGGGUUCGGUCCCCAGCUCCGAAAAAAAGAACCACAAAACAAAAAACCAACCAACCAACCAACCAACCAACCAAACAAACAAACAAAAAAAAAAAAAACCAAGGAGCACAGUUAAAAACUGAGGCAUGGAACUCAGUAGGGAGCUUUCAAAAUGUGCAAAGCAAAUGGUUGUCAAAAUGUUCGACAUCCUUAGCCAUCAGGGGAAUGCAAAUCAAAACUAUUUUGAGAUUUCAUCUUACCCUACUCAAAAUGGCAAAGACAAACAACAAGCCGGAAUGACAAUGCUGGUAUUGAUGUCGGGAAAGGGGAACAUUUACUACCUGCUAGUGGGAUUGCAGACCGGUGUAGCUACCAUGGAAAUCAGUGUGGAGGUGUCUCAGAAAGCUAGAAAUAGACCCACCAUGUGGUCUACUUAUCUUACUCUUGAGCAUAUACCCAAAGGGCUCUAUAUCCCGCCACAGAGAUAUCUGCGUAUCCAUGUUCAUUCUGCUGUGUUUAUAACAGGCAGGAAAUGUAAAAAGCAUGGAUGUCAAUGAAUAAUGAAAAUGUGACAGAUUCGCACAAUGGAGUAUUCAGCUGUUAAGAAAAGUGAAAAUUUGCAAUUUACAGGUAAAUGGCUGGAGCUGAAAAGCAUCAUUCUGAGUGAGGCUACCUGCAUCCAGAAAGACAAAGGUCACAGGUUCUCUCACGUUUGUAGAUAUUAGCUUUGAAUCUUCAGGUAUGUGUGUUUCAUUGGGGAUUCCCGUGGAGGUCAGGAAGUUGGUCAGGAGGCAUAGGGGCCAUGGCUUUCAGGGCAAGGAAGAAAGAAUGCAGUAAAUGAAGAGGGAAAGGGAACUGAUGAAACAGGAAGGGCUGUGUGAGGAGGACCGGAGAGCAGGAGAGAGGAAGGAGUGAGGAGAGGGAUAAUUAACACUAAAGAGCUUCCAAAAACUGUGCGGGAAUCUACUGCUAUGGAAGUGCAUUAGGGUUCUCUAGAGAAAUGGAGCUGAUAGAAUGAAUCUCUCUAUAUAAACAGAAUUUAUUAGAGUGGCUUAUGAGUUAUGGUCCAACUAUUCUAACAAUCGCAAGGCUAGAUAUAUCCACUGGGCUACAGUAGGCGCUGAGAUCCUGAAGUACACUCCAAAGCCAGUGCACGAAUGAUCCUGCCAGGGACAGCGGUCAGUCCAAGAGUUAAGUUCAUCUUCCAUGUCCUUUAAAUAAGCUGCUACCAGAUGCUGUGGCUCGGAUUUAAGGUAAAUGUUCCCACCUCGAAUGCUUCAAUCCACAAAAACCCCCUCACAAAUGUGCCCAGAGCCUUGGGUUUUAGUGAAUUCCAGAUGUAGUCAAGUUGACAACCAAGAAUAGCCAUCACAAGGAGCUUCUUAAAAUAUAUACAUAUGUGUGUGAAUAUAAGUUUAAGGGAUGUCCUACAAUGUGUGUGUGUGUGUGUGUGUGUGUGUGUGUGUGUGUGUGUGUGUGUGCAGAAGACCCUAUUGUUGAAGACAUCACAUACUUAAGUGUUAGAACAUGGAGAAAUCAAGCUGGGAGCUUCAUCUUUGCUGGCUGCUGUUCAUGGUGCUGAAAUGUGCUGUUCAUGCUACCAGUGCAGAGUAUCCUCAAUUACCUGAACCCAACAAGGGACAGCAAGGACUGGCCUGGCAAGACGUGUCCAGUAGUGCAAUAGUGACUGAUGUGUAAUGGAAGUGACCAAUGACUUUCUGGUUGGAUUUAAGACACCCUAUAUAAUUCAUGCCAGAAUGGUGGUUAUUAGGACCAAAGCCAUGGCUAGAUAUUUCAUAGGCCUAGGGUAGGACCUACCACAGUUAUUCUGCUAAAUGGACUGGGUUGUAAACUUGACUGAAUCCGAAUCAACUAAAAUCCAAGCUACUGAGAACUCCUGUGAGGUAUUUUCUAGAUCAGAUUUUUUUUGAAACAGGAAGACCCUCCAUUUGAACAAUACCUUCUGGUGAAGCCCAUAUUAAAGGACAUGGAAGAAGGACUAUUUCCUUUGUGCUACUCGUGAUAAAUCUUGCUGGCAAGUUCAUCUACCCCAUUGCUGCAUCUUUCCUUCAUGUUAUAAUGAAAUAUGGUUUCAGAACACGGGCCACAUAGAACCUUAGGUGUGGAAGAAAAGAAGAAACAGCUUAUAAACUUGCCCUCUUUAGCAAAAGGAGGAGUGAGGGUCUUAGUUAGGGUUUUAUGGCUGUGAACAGACACCAUGACCAAUAUAAGUUUUAUAAAGGACAACAUUUGAUUGGAGCUGGCUUACAGGUUCAGAGGUUCAGUCCAUUAUCAUUAAGGUGGGAGCUUGCAGCAUCCAGGCAGGUAUGGUGCAGGAGGAGCUGAGUUCUACAUCUUCACCCAAAGGAAGCCAAGAACAGACUGAGCAUCCUUAGGCAGCUAGGAGGAGGGUCUCCAAGCCCACCUCUAGGGUGACACACUUCCUCCAACAAGGCCACACCUUCUAAGAGUGCCACUCCCUGGGCCAAGCAUAUGCAAACCAUCACAGAGGGCCAGUUGGGAACUUUUGUUGGUGUCUCAGUUUCUCCCUGGGAAGCUGGUAUUCUGGUUUCAAGGACAAUAUCAAUAUUAGAACUAACUUCCUCAGGAGACUGAUAUAGACUGAAGACCAGCAGCUCUUUAGGAAUUCUUGAGGCCUCCAGCACUAGAUGGGGAGUUAUGAGACAUCUAGUCUCAUGGACUGAACAACUGGAUUCUAGGCUUUUUCAAGGUGAGAUGACCAUUAUUGGACCACAUCCUGUAAUCCAGUAUAAUAAAUAAAUCUACCUUUAAUCUAUUUUUAUCUAUCUAUCUAUCUAUCUAUCUCCUAUCAUCUAUCUAUCUAUCUAUCUAUCUAUCUAUCUAUCUAUCUAUCUAUCUAUCUAUCUAUCUAUCAUCUAUCUCCUAUCAUCUAUCUAUCUAUCUAUCUAUCUAUCUAUCUAUCUAUCUAUCUAUCUAUCUAUCUAUCUAUCAUCUAUCUCCUAUCAUCUAUCUAUCUAUCUAUCUAUCUAUCUAUCUAUCUAUCUAUCUAUCUAUCUAUCAUCUAUCUCCUAUCAUCCAUCUAUCUAUCUAUCUAUCUAUCUAUCUAUCUAUCUAUCUAUCUAUCUAUCAUCUAUCUCCUAUCAUCCAUCUAUCUAUCUAUCUAUCUAUCUAUCUAUCUAUCUAUCUAUCUAUCUAUCUAUCUAUCAUCUAUCUCCUAUCAUCUAUCUAUCUAUCUAUCUAUCUAUCUAUCUAUCUAUCUAUCUAUCUAUCUAUCUAUCAUCUAUCUCCUAUCAUCUAUCUAUCUAUCUAUCUAUCUAUCUAUCUAUCUAUCUAUCUAUCUAUCAUCUAUCUCCUAUCAUCCAUCUAUCUAUCUAUCUAUCUAUCUAUCUAUCUAUCUAUCUAUCUAUCUAUCAUCUAUCUCCUAUCAUCUAUCUAUCUAUCUAUCUAUCUAUCUAUCUAUCUAUCUAUCUAUCUAUCUAUCAUCUAUCUCCUAUCAUCUAUCUAUCUUCUAUCAGUUUUAUUCAUUUAGAGAACCCUGAGUAACAAUGGGCACAGCACUAACCAGCCCCUAACUGCCUAUCAUUCUAUCCAUCUCUACACUGCCACCAGAGAAGCUUCUUUUUAUAGUACACAGACUUACAGUUGGCAAAGGGUCAGAGAGUAACUGUGGAGUGUCCCAAAGUGGGACAUCUCUGUCAUCCUCUGCCCAAGGUUUAGGAAUCAUUUCUAAACAGUAUAAGAGCCAGAUGGAUAGCUACAAGGAGAAAAGCAACGUUUUCCAGACACCACACUGUAAUUACACACAUGAACUCACAGUGGUUGUGACAGCAUGUACCAGACUUGAACAAGCUCCAGCAUAGAAUACCACCCCCUACCUGAGGAUCUAUGGGUAGUUGAGAGCUGCUGGAAGGGAGGGGGACAGUUGGUUUCCUCUAAUGUCCACUGGUAGGUGAACCCCACUCCUGGGGGUGGCCACAUAUCUGAUGGUAUGAGGGCAGCACAAAUUGAGUGCUUUAUAAAACCAAAGAGGACAUAAAUUUGGGUUAUUAGAGGAGGGAAUAGGUGGAUUUUGGAGGAGUUGGGGGAGGGUUCUAGUUUUGACCUAAUAUGACCAAAAUGCAUUGCAUGACAUUCUCGAACAUUUCUGAAGAAGUUUGGUAGCACUUCGGAGGUAAUUUGGGUUCUUGAUAAGCAACAUCCAGACCUUCCAUAAUUACUAAGUUAUUAUGUGAGUUUGUUUGUCAGAAGUCAGCCUUGGUGCAAGUCCUCAGAAGCUGACUACUGUAUUCUUUUGAGAGAAGAUCCCAUUAGGCAUAGGGGCUCAUUGAUCAGAUGAGGCUGGCUGGCAGUGAGGUCCAGGGAUCUGCCUAUGUCUGCCUUCCCAGCACUAGAGUUGUAAGUGCACACCAUUGCAUCUGAUUUUUAAUGUGGCUUCUGGGUUUUGAACUCAGGUCUUCAUGCUUGCAUGGUAAACACUUUGCUGAGCCAUCUCCUCAGUCUUUAUCUCCAUUAAGUUCUAAUCAAUCAAUCAAUCAACUAAUCAAUCAAGUCUAGAGAACCUUUCACAAAGGGCUUUUUCAUGGAGCUUCAUGGAGUUUCAGUCCACAAGUGCUUGUUCAGAGGUUGGCUCUAACUCCAGCCUCAGUUUCCAUAGGGUAUGGAUGGGGCCUAAGAGCUGGCAUUGCAGAGCAGAUCCUAGGGGAUACUUCUUCCAGGUCAUAUUGUGAGAAGUAUUGAUAGAGGGAUAAUUAGGAAACCUUUCCCAGUAUGAUUUAACCUAGAUCUAGAAGCAGUAGUGUAAAGAAUCAGAGAGAAUCGGGCACCAAUUCCUUCCUUUGACCUGAAACUCCAGUUUGAACACUUGGAACAUAGGCCAUGUAGAACCUCAGCUGGGGAGAAGAGAGGAAGCAGCCUCUUUACUGGCCCUCUUUAGCAAAAGGCGUCGGGAGGGACGGUCAGGGACUUCUACCAGCUGCUUUCGUUGGUGUCUCAGUUUCUCCCUGGGAAGCUGGUAUUCUGGUUUCAAGGACAUCAGAUGUGCAAGGACCAGAGGAGCAGGUGUUCCUGGGAGUCAAAUGUUGCAAAUGAAUUAGCAGGGGCUGAUUGCUGCCAAGCAGAGGUGUGCUGUGCCUGACUAUUGCUUUCUGCCUUUUUUGGAUUGAAGGCCAAGACCAACCCCCACCCCACCCCAAAGCUUGCACAUUUCUUGAGACUCUCCCAGGUAUAUCCUGUGAUUUAGAACUCUCUCAGGCAAAUACAGUUUUGUCUUGUCCUUCCGGUAAUUGUUGUAGUGUGAGAAGCCCAAUAAUGGAGUGAGAGAAUGCCCUGAGGUUUUCCUCUCUUGUGGGAACUCCCAUGAUGCUCCUGGUCACCACUACCUUUGCUAGAAUUCUACUCCCCAUAUCCUAGGUGAGAUUGAUGGUGGCAGUGGGGAAUGCAGACAAAUGUUUGUUCUUGUCACAUUCCUUUUUACCCACUAAUCCGAGCCUUAUUCUGUCUCUGGCCCUUGCUUCCUAGAUUUUAGUGGACUGUCCCAGAUUCCUUGAAAUGAUCUGCCUUCUCCUGCAUAUUCCUUGUCCCAGUGAGGAUGUGCUGUGUCCACUCACUGCUUAUGGUCUUAUUCCUGAACCACACUGAUUCAGUCAUUGCACAUUGCUUCUUUCUGCUCCUGACUUUCUUGGCAUUUGAAUGUGGUAGGCAUUUUCCCACUUGUCUCUUUGCCUCAUCCAAAAUGACUGCUAUUAGAAAUUAUGUUAGUUCCCCACUCAUGGUAUUCUUUUUGUUAAUUAAUUAUUAAUUAACUUUAUAUCCUGAUUACAGCUUCCCCUCCCUCCUUCCCUCCCACUCUCUUCCUUUCAUCUCCCCUCCCCCAUACCUUCUCUUUUUCUCUUCAGAAAAGGCAAGACCUCCCAUGGGUAUCAACCUGCCUUGGCAUAUCAAGCUGCAGUAGGACUAGGCACAUCUUCUACCAUUGAGGCUAGACAAGGCAGCCCAGUUAGGGGAAAGGGAUCCAAAGGCACCAGAGUCAGGGACAGUGCCUGCUCCAGGUGUUAGGGUUCUCACAUGAGGACCAAGCUUCACAUCUGUGACAUGUGUGUAGGGGUCAUCAAUGGCACUCUUGCCUCAAUCUUCCUAAUCCAAUGUCUCACCUAUAGAGUAGACCUUAAAGCAGAAGAUUAGGAAUUUCUUCUAGAGGAAGUCCUGCCCCAACCUGGAAAAAUGAAAUAAGAACUUGGAAUUAAAGACAAGAGUAAGAGCUAUAGGAUUGUGGCUUGACACUAAAUCAGAUUUAUAGCUUGCAGGAUGUCUUUGGAUCAUGAACUGAAUAACAGUAGCUGCAAAUGGUCUGGAAGGGACAGACAGACCCCCCCCCCCCCGCCCAUGUUAGUAAGGAGGCCAGCAGGAGCCCCGCUGUCCACGGUGCUGAAUUCCGUUGCAUAUUUGUCCAUAGGACAAGAACAAGAGCAAGUCUGCAAGUCCGGCAUAGAAAGUAAACUUCAACUGACUCUCUUGGAAGAUAAGCCCUCUCCAGAAGGCAGACAUAAUUACCUUGGGGUCUAUUUGAAAUAGGUAUCCGGGGUCAUCAAUCCAACUGGAAAUCCCUGUCCAAACACCACUGAACACCUGGCUGGGCCUUGGACUUGGCAUCUUGACUACAUCAUGUAUUUUAGUCUUUAGCCAGCACAGGUAGGCUGUUGUGCUUGUUGUCUGGUGAGAGAGUAAAGGUAUGGCAAAGCUUCUCACACUUGGGUCAAGCUUAGGCAUCUACUGAAGGGUGAUGCCAGGGCUCAACCAGAAAGGGGCCUGUUCCCAGAGCUGCAGCUGGUUUCAUUAGAUCCACAUAGUCCAACAUGGGUCAGUGGCUUUUGUUGACAUUUGCAUGAGAACUGCUGACCACUGGGAAAGUCAUCAUACUGUCAUUUUUUCCCCUGGGACAGAUUCUGAAACCAUUUAAAAUGUCUGCAUUGUCUUCAAGACCCCUACACCACUCACAAACAGAUGAGCAAGACUCAUUCGCGUUUCUGUUUACAGUGAGUAUAAAACAAAACGAGCAGAUUAAAAUGGAUGGCCUUGUUUAAUUGGCCCUUGUUUCUUAACUCGCCAGCUCCCUCCCUCCAGGUCCUGGCCUCCUCCAUCCCUUGCUCUGUGAUUCAUCAGGGCCUGAGGCUCAGCAGUCUGUAAUUGGUUCCUAACUUCCUGGGAUGUCAAAGCCAAGAUGGAAAUUUUCACGUAUCACUCCACCAAUUCCACCCCAGCUUUAAUAAUAAGCUGGCAGAAGGGAGGCAGAUUUACAGCGGGAGAGAAAUGUAAUCAAAUUUGGAGGUGAAAUGCAAUAAGUACAAAUGCUAGUUUUUAUUUGGAAGCUUCUCGGAUAAAUGUGAGCUCAUCCUGUUCCACAGUGAAGCCUUUGUUUCUUCUCAGGGAACAGUGGGGGAACCCUCAUGGAAUAUGACCCUUGAAGGAAGAGUCCUUGAUGGGAUUCCUUCCACACCCUGUCCAAGCAGAGGCUCUGGUGACUGGAGGGUGAUGGCUGGAGAGACAGAAAAGCUCUGAUCUGGAGACCAUAUUUCUAGCUUCUGACUCUGUGAACAUCCAUGCAUGCCUGUAACCUCAGUGUUGGGAGACGGAGACAGGCGAACCCUGGACUCUCAUGACUACUUGAGGUAUGUCAUUUAAGAGAUACCAUAUAGCAGGUGUCCCUUUGUCAUUGGCUUCUUUCACUUAAAAGAAUAUCUUCAAGGAGAAUCCAUGUUGUGGCAUGUAUCAGACCAACCAAUCUUUUUGUGUGUAUAGGCCAUUUUUUUUAUGCACAUAUCCACCAGUGGGUAUUUGGCUGUUCUAUCUUUUUAGAUAUUGAAAAUAAAGCUUCUCUAUUAUGUGUAUUUCAUACAUAAAAUAUGCGUAUUUUGUGUGCAUGUGCUCAUGUGUGCAUCUCCACAAUCCAUUUUGAGUGCACAGAGGCCAGAGGAGGUUGUUGGGUGUCUUUUUCUAUUCUCCUCUACCUUAAUUCUUAAGGCAAGGUCUCUCAGUGAACCAGAAUCUCACUACUUUGGCUAGGCUGGUUGGCCAAUGAGCUUCUAGGAUUCACCUAUCUUUGUCCCCCAACACUGAGCUUACAGUGCAUGGUUAUAUCUGGUUUUUACAUGGGCAUUAGGUACUUGAACUCAAAUCCUCUUGCUUUCACAGUAAGUGCUUUUACACACGGAGCUAUCUUCUCAGCCCAAACUCUCUAUAUUCAAGUUGCAUUUCCUUGUUCUUAGUUCUUCUCAUAGUCCAGUUUUCCUGAGUCCCAAUAAUUUGCCUGUUGCCUGGCAUAAUUAAUAGCAUAUUCUGUUAUUUUCAAAAGUGUCCCUAAGUUCGAAUUUUGAGUCAUGUGUCCAUUUGAUCUUGUUGUGUUAUAUAGACUGUAACAGCUCCAUACUUUCCACCUAGAGGACCAUAAGGCAGGAGAAGUCACUUGACAGUGUUGUCAUGUGGCUGGGCUGACUAAUGUCCUUGUGUGGAGUCUGACAGUCAGGAUGAAGCAGUGGUCUAUACAGGGAUGUAUUCUGCUUUUUAUGAGAGACCAUCUCACCUGGAAUUUAUGAAGAAAGAAGAAUUAACAGCAUGAGCUAAUGACGAUAAUAAAAAUGCAAAUUUAAAUUCCCCUCUUAACAGGAAAAAGAACGAGAGGACGACAAAUACUCAGAGGUAUAUCUGGGUAGUGGAAUUGCAAGUGAUUUUUAUUCUCUGCAGUUUUUCUUAUCUUAAUUGGAGAUCCAUUACCUUUACCUUAUAUUUUUAUGUUUUCAUAUCAAAAUGUCAAACAUGCAGGAAAUAAUGUAACAGAUAUCCACGUACCCAUUAUCAAAACCUAACACAUGUUAACAUUUGCCCCAUUUGAUGAUAGAUCUAUUUUUUUAAGGGCACCAAUUCCUUUUAUAAUCAAAGACUUACAGGUUUAACUACUUCUAGAAAUAGUUCAUUUUCUUUUAAACAGAGGGAAACCUGGAAAACCUGGCACUGGGCUGUCAGAGUGACCAUGUCUUUAGACACGGUCUAAGGAUGUGGUCUAAAAAUAUGGCCAACCUCUGCUGUUGACACACACAUCAAUAAGGAAGUCUGAGGUGCAUUCAUAGGUUCAGUGAGUAGACAUGCCUACAUGGGAGUAUUUCAGAACUGCAUAGGGCUAAUCAUAUGUGGUGAUUAAGUUCAGGUUCUGAUUAAGCAGAACUGGUGUGGGCCUGGGGUCUGCAUUUCUACAAGCUCUCAGGCGAUGGUGAGUUGGGUACCAAGAUUUCAAGGACUCUGCAUUAUCUUAGACAGAAGUAGGCCAUCCUGGUGGUACAUGUCUGGAACCCAGGCACACUGGUUAGAGUCAGCGCUGUACUAGAUUUAACAUUUUAAAGCAAUGUUAUCUUGUUCCUGGAGGAAACGAUUGGCUGCUAGAGCCUUUCAGGUUUUGCUCUCAGCUUUGAGUGCCCCAAUUAUUAUCAAUUUUUGUAAUUAACUCUUGGAGUAGAGUAUACAGGGUAAACACUGCAAUCUGUUCUCAUUAGAAAAAAAAGAUAAAUGUUUAUAUCGUCUUUUCCACAGCCAGCAUAUCUGGAAUCCGGCUGAUUCAAACCAUUGCUGGUUUGUAAAAAGAUUUUAGUUAUUGCAUUGAUCACACUUCACACCCGGUGUGAACGUUUGCUGUGGGUAACAAUCUUCACAGCCUACCCGACUGGAUUUAGAAUCUGAAGGUGUCUUUGAGGGUGUUUCCAGACUCAUCCCAUGGACUGACAGCCCAGAUGGAAUGAACAGGAAAGGAGAAGGCUGGUAGGACACUCCUUCCCUCCUGCUCCCCAAGAAGCACACUGUGAACCAAAUGUCUCCACCUUGAGACUCUGCCAUGGUGAACCAAGUCCUCUCAGGCCAGGAGUCAAAACAGCUUCUUCUUUCCCAUGAUGGUUUGUCUUGGUUUUCUGCUUGGCUGGACCUGGAUUGAGUAAGACUCAUAUCUCUGGAGGGCAUUUCCUGGGGGAAGAGCUGAGGGGGAAGAUGGUCUUGAAGCUCCAGUGCUGGUUGGUCCCCAGGUGAAGAGUUUUGAGAUAUGGGAAGCUGCUUUUGGCUGCCCACUUGCCCUCUUUGUUCUAAGUGCAUCUACUCUGUUGCUGCUACUGCUGCUGUCAGAGCCUGGUUUCCUUCAGCCCUGCAGUGAGAAUUGAACCAGCAGCUCUCUAGCAGGUAUCCAGUUUGAAGUUCUCUGGCGUGCAGCUAGCCACUGGUGCACUACCCAGCACUCACUGUAUAAAAUAGUCUGACACUCCCAUUGUAAAUGAAACAGGCUCGUUCUCUCACUCCCGCUGCUCCUGAGAACCCUGCAUAUUCCUUUGUGAUCUUUUCAGUUGAGUGCUCUGGUCUCAGAGAUAAUAAAAAUGAAUAAAUUUGGACUUUGAGAGAUCUGAUAAA